AUUAACCCAUCAAUCAAUCUAUAUUGCUUCCCCCCUCCCAUCCCUGCACCCCCACACAUCCCGAACAUGAAGUUCUCUCUCUCAUCCGCCCUCGUGCUGGGCCUGGCCGCCGUCGGAGAAUGCAGUAUUUGGGGAGGCAAUGCCGGUAGGUCAUUAUACAACAAGUGGCACGAGACGGAGCUUGAACGCUGGCUCUCGGAUUACAACAUCCCCUACCCCAAGGCCUCGGACCGAAAGGACCUCCAAGACUUGGUCAAGAAGAACUGGAACGACAACGUCGUUACUCCUUACAAUAGCUGGGAUGCCCAGACUCUUCAAAACUACUUGACCCUCAAGGGCCAGCAGGCCAAGAAGGGCACCGAAAAGGACGCAAAGUCCCUCGCUGAGCAGGUCCAGGUCUACUGGACCGAGACUGAGGAAUCCGCCAACAAUGCCUACAGCAACAUCAAGGAAUGGUUCUUCGACACUUGGACCGACUCCCAGCUCAAGGCCUUUGCCGACAAGCAUGGCAUUCCCGUUCCCCAGCCCCGCCAGCGUGACUCUGUUCUCAAGGCCAUUCGCGAGAACUACCAGACUGCCGCUGAGAAGCUCUCUGAAACCGCCCAGUACCCCGGUGACUGGGUUUACGAGUCCUGGUCCGACUCCGACUUGAAGGCUUGGUUCGACGAGCGUGGUUACAAGGUGCCCCAACCCUCCACCCGUGACAGCCUGAUUGCCCAAAUCCGCCGCAACUCCCGUCUCGCUAGCCUGAACGCCCAGGGCGCUUAUGCCUCUGUUUCCUCCGCUGCCGCUGCUGCUCAGGAAACCUUGAGUGAUGCUCUCCUCAACUCUUGGUCCGACAGCCAGAUCAAGGAGUGGGCCGACAAGAACGGUAUCAAGGUUCCCCAAGGCUCCAAGAGGAACGAGCUCCUUGCUCUCGCCCGCAAGCACCGUGCCAGCCUCGUUGGUGACAACGUCUCGGGCACUGCUGCUAGCGCCUACGGAGCCGCCACCUCCAAAGCCAACAACCAAUACGCCCAGGCCACCAACGGCUUUGCUGGUUACACCGACUGGGUCAAGGCUCAGAUCGGUCUCGCUACUGGACCUGCUGCUAGCGCCAGUCUUGCAAGUGCCUCCGCUGAGAAGAGCGCUGCUGCUGCCUCCAAGAGUGCAUCCAGCGUCGCAGCUUCGCUCUCCAAGAACGCCGGCAAUGCCGCCUCAGUCGGUUCUGCCUCUGCUUCUUCCAUCGCCUCUGCUGCCUCCAGCUCCGCGAGCUCCGCAAGCAGUGUCGCGGCCGCAAGCGCCAAGGCUGCCGCUGAUGCUAUCAAGAAGGAGUUGUAA